AACCUGCCGUAUAAAAUCACCAGCGAAGAGAUGUACGAUAUUUUCGGGAAGUUUGGUGCAGUUCGACAGAUUCGAGUUGGCAACACGGCGGAAACAAGAGGAACGGCAUUUGUUGUGUAUGAGGAUAUAUUCGAUGCAAAGAACGCGUGUGAGCAUCUCUCUGGUUUUAACGUCUCAAAUCGAUACCUCGUUGUUCUGUAUUAUCAGGCAACAAAAGCAUAUAAACGAAUGGACACCGAUAAAGCUAAAGAACGGUUAGAGGAGAUUAAAGAUCGAUACAAUUUGGGUGGUGAUUUGGAUCGAGAAAAGAAAGAUAGAUUCGGAUUAACACCAACACCAAAACGAUAA